CGACUCCGAAGAUGGCGACAUCCAUGUUCAACCUCGACGACGAAGCAAGGAACCUCGUCUACGGAGAUGACGACGAUGAAGAGCAAAUGACAGAGAAGACGUCUUCAGGCGUGGACAAGCCCUUGGUGAAGCGAGGCGCGUCCUGUACCUUUUCUGGGGGUGCAACAAGUACGCUCAAGCAGGAGGGUUAUGCAUCGCGCACGGCGGUGGCAGACUUUGCACCGAUGCCUUAUGUCCGCAGUACCACACACGCACGUGCAAGAAACACGGCGGGACGAAAAAGUGCGAUCAUCCCGACUGCACCAACGUGUCCGUGGGCAAGACUCGCAUGUGCAACACCCAUGGACCGGGUCGACGUUGCCAGAAAGAGGGUUGCACGAAACUCGAUGCAGGUCGGGGGUUCUGCAUGGCGCAUGGUGGUGGGCGUCUGUGCAAGAUGGAUAUUUGUUCGAAGAAGCAAUACCGCGGCGGGUACUGCUACGAACAUGCCACAAAGCCCAAGUGCCGCGCAGAAGGUUGCACCCGCAUGGACCUUGGCAAUUCGUUUUGCAAGCGGCAUGGUGGAGGCUACACGUGCAAGGCACCUGGAUGUACCAAGAAAGAUCAAGGCAAGGGCUAUUGCAUCGCUCAUGGCGGCGGCAAUCUUUGCCAGACACAAGGAUGCAACAAGGUGAACCGUGGCGGUGGGCAUUGCAAAGCUCAUGGUGGUGGCAAGAAGUGCGCCGAUGCUUCGUGCAAGAAUUGGGUGCUCGGGGGUGGCUGGUGCAAAGACCACGGCGGUGGAAGUGCCGCAGUGCCGCGUUCUACGGGCAAGCGAUGCACCAAACCAGGAUGCACGAAAUACAACCAGGGCGGAGGGUAUUGCCUAGCUCAUGGCGGUGGCGUCGAGUGUUCCGAGGUCGGAUGCACCAAGAAACAGACGCGAUUUGGCCUCUGCAGCGGACAUGGAGGCAAGGCACGUUGCAACGUGGAAGGAUGCGACAAGAUCAGCCAGACGAAAGGCCUGUGCAAAGCGCAUGGAGGCGUCAAGGCGUGCAGUACGCUCAACUGUACGCGGCAAGCCAAAGCACGAGGUCUGUGCAUUGCUCAUGGAGGCGGCGCCAAAUGUCGACACCCCAACGGCUGCGACAAGGCCCAGCGAGCCGGCGGACUCUGCAAUGCCCACACGCGCUUGAAUGCCCACGGGAAUGCUAGCUACGGUAACCAGGAAGGCCACCAACCCACUGGAACAGACAGCGCAACCCUCGCCAUUCAAUCUGCACAAUCCGCUCAUGGAGCUCCUCCGUCGACGAGGAUGCUGUCAGGUGCCACAUCAUCGACCCGGCACCACUUGGUCCCGCCACCAACGUCUUCGACCUUGCCAGCAUUUCCAACGACGAGUGCAUUGCACCACCAUCACCAAAACCAACCGACGCUGGUGCAGUUCUCGACCGCUGUCUCGAUCUUGCAUCCUUCAAACGCCACGAUAUCGAUCUUAAACCCCGAACCGAGCGAGGACGAUCCAGCGGCCGACGACUCGACGGCCCCAGCACAGCUGCUGCCGACCGCGACUUCACUCACAACCGUGACCACGUCGUCGUCCAACACACUCACGCACCUCCUCGACUCAUGCUUGCCGUACAUGUACUCGCUUCCGUCGUUGCGCAUGGACGGAUUGCUUCCGUCGGUUCCGUCGGCUGCAGCGCCCGACGAGGUGGUGCGAUCCCAUGGCCUCCAGCAUCAACUCAACCCCAUCGACGACUUGAUUCACCCAACAACCCAGGACGCCGCCCUCACCAUGACGUCGCUGUGGUGACGCAAAGCUCGCGUUAAUUUUUUCGGAUCGCCAGCUGCACGCGACCAGUCACGAAUCGCAUGAUUCCCAGAUCCUGCGGCUCCAUGUGCUGCUGCUGGUGCGCUCGUGCCCCACACAACGUCCUGACGCAUCAUCGUCAUGGAGUCGUCCACCAAGUCACGAAUGGAAUCGCGCACCUGCAUCAAGUGAGUGGCUGCUCGCCCCUCGUUGGCACCCAAACCUGCGUGGACAGUAGUACAGUUCUCCUUCUCUUGGACACGUUCUUUUGGGUACAAGUCACGCCACAUGGCUGCCAGUUCCAUGUCGCUGCGCGGACGCCACGCGGCACGAGCGAUGAUGCUUUCAACCAUGUGGCAUUCGGCGGCUGCGCUGGACCAACCCCCGCAUGUCGCGCGCGACCUUUUCAUGGAAACCACGAUGAUUGUCGACUCGACAUCGCGGUGUGCCGUCCGAAAUGGACCUUGAUCGGGAUGAAGUGCUUGGCAUUCGAAGCGCGCAUGGUCGACAAAGCAUCAGAGACGGAUAAACUUUGGUUGAAACUACAAGUCGUGAUCUAGGGAAGCGAUGCCAAGAGGGACUGCACAAGGCCGACCCCGAAACCCGUGGCGAUGUCGCCCUCCGUCACGGGGUACGCCAUGUCAACGUGGACCCACUUGCCCGUGGUUUCGUAGUCGCCGAGGUGGUUCGCGAUGAAUUGACCGGCGCAACUCACUUGGGCGUUCGCGCGGUCCUUGACGCUGUUCUUCAUGUCGGCGAACUUGCUCUUGAAUUCGUCGCGGAAGAAUUCAGGCGCGUACGGCAUGGGGUGGACAAAAUCCCCCGACGCUUUGCCGGCCGCGACCGUCCUGUCCUCGAGGUCUCCAUCGUUUGACAGGACAGCGGCGUAUCGCUUGCCGGUCGCGAUGCCCUGGGCGCCUGUCAACGUCGCCAUGUCGAGAAUUACGUAAGGGUUCAAGUGCUUGACGGCGUAUGCGACGCCAUCGCCCAACACGAGGCGACCUUCUGCGUCUGUGUUGUUGACCUCGACCGUCUUUCCAGAGUACAGAGUGUGGAUGUCGUCCGGGCGCGUGGCCAACGGACCCACGGCGUUCUCAGCAAGGCAGAGGACAACGUGGAGAGGGCGCGAGGUGAAGCGACCGGAAAGCACAGAGGCUUCGAACGCACCGAGCAACCCGGCGGCACCACCCAUGUCAUGCUUCAUACCGACCAUCAUGCCCGAGAUCUUCAGCGACAAUCCACCAGUGUCGUACACGAUGCCCUUGCCGACCAACGACACACUCGGAAUCGACUUGGAUUCCGGAGUGGGGUAGUGACUGAGCACGACGAGCGCGGGAGGGUGCGCCGCAGCCUUACCGACACCAUAAAUUCCACCAAAACCCUUGUCGUUCAGCUCUUCGCCACGGAUCACAGUGAUUUCGGCGUUCAAGCGCGCGGCAGCAGCGCGGGCUUCGGCCAAAAACGUGUCUGUGUUAAGUUCGUUGGGAGGCGAGUCCACAAGCCGUUGGGUCAAGUGGAUGCCCGUUGCUGUCGAGUUGAGAGAUUUCAAGGUCGAAUCGUCCAACUCGUGGUCAAACACGACGACCACUUGGUCGAGCGUCACGGACGUCGACUCCCCGUCGGUGAUGACACCGCUUUGAGCCGCGCCGCUCUUGUGAUUGUACGAGGUUGAAAUCCCCUUGGCGACGGCAACACCAGCCGAGACGGUCGUAGAGGCAUGUUCGGGCAACGCCAACGCCACAAUCACAUCGCUGGUGUCAGACACGUUGCUGCGGACGAGCGCGGAAAUGGCAUGCGGGCGAGCAAGGGUAUUGUAGCGGGAGAUGAAGGUCGGGAGCUGAGCAACAACGACACUGGCGACACCGCGUUCACCCAACGACACGUACAAGUGCGACGAGGCGGCGCUGUCGGCACCAGCUGACAACUUCGACACAGCAUGUUCAACGAUCGCGGUGUCAACCGGGGAGUCGUUGUUCAAACGGGCAAGGACUUGUUGCGCGAGAGCUGUCGCAGGCGUUUCCUUGGUGCCGAUAACGACAACCUUGGGGAGGGUCGCGUAGUCAGGGAGCGCGGCGACGUCGGCAACGUACUGGACCAUCGGACGUGAUGCGAGGGCUUCC